AUGCGGAAGUGUCGGCUGCGGCGGGGAAGCUCGGUUGCCCGGCGGUUGCCACCAUGGCAGCAGCUGGGGGCCCGGGAAGCGACGGCGGGAGUCCGGCGGCUGCAGGAGGGAACCGACAGUUGAAGUACAUCAGCUUAGCUGUCUUGGUGGUACAGAAUGCCUCUCUUAUCCUCAGCAUCCGCUAUGUGCGCACACUGCCUGGAGACCGAUUCUUUGCCACUUCGGCUGUGGUCAUGGCUGAAAUCCUUAAGGGAGUCACCUGUCUGCUGCUCAUCUUCAUUCAGAAGCAAGGUAACUUGAAACAGUUUGCCACUUCCCUGUAUGACUCCAUUGUGGUGCAGUACAUGGACACACUCAAACUAGCAGUGCCUUCUCUCAUUUACACCCUCCAAAAUAACCUGCAAUAUGUGGCCAUCUCCAACCUGCCUGCAGCCACCUUCCAGGUCACCUACCAGCUGAAGAUCCUCACCACAGCCGUCUUCUCUGUGCUGAUGCUCCGCAAAAGCCUCUCCCGUCUCCAGUGGCUGUCCCUCAUGCUCCUUUUUGCCGGUGUAGCCAUUGUCCAGGUGGAGCAACAGCAGGCGGGGGGCAAGCCCGCCCCCGGGGGCGAGGGGAUGCAACAAAGCUACAUUGUGGGGCUUGUGGCCGUGGUGGUGUCGUGCCUCUCGUCUGGCUUUGCCGGGGUCUAUUUUGAAAAGAUCCUCAAGGGCAGCGCAGCCUCGGUCUGGCUCCGUAACGUCCAACUGGGCAUCUUCGGGACCUUGCUGGGGCUGUUGGGCAUGUGGUCCGCAGAGGGGGCAGCCGUGGCUCAGCGUGGAUUCUUCUUUGGCUACACCCCGCUGGUGUGGGCGGUGAUCCUGAACCAGGCCUUUGGUGGCCUCCUGGUGGCUGUAGUUGUGAAAUACGCUGACAACAUCCUCAAGGGGUUUGCCACCUCCUUCUCCAUCGUGGUGUCCACCGUGGCUUCCAUCUACCUCUUUGACUUCCACCUCAACCUGCUCUUUGCUCUAGGAGCCGGGCUGGUCAUAGGGGCGGUCUAUCUGUACAGCUUGCCCAAGGGAUCUUUGGCCAGCCGGUCCUUAGUGGGGAUGGCUACACAGCAGCAGGGCCAUGCUGCACAGAGCAAGGAACUUCCUUCCGUGACUACAGAUGGCUUCCUGUCCAAGAUCUCGGCUAAAGAAAAAGGCUCUUAAAGCAUCAAAGGAAACAACCUGUAAGACCUUGAGUAGCAUUCUGGCCCUGGCACCACCACCUCAGGCCGAAGAGAGCCAGGUUCAGAUUUUACUUCUCUGCUUCCAAGGAGCUGAAGAAUUCACUGUUUCGUUGCAUUGACAAGGACAGGCAACAGGCCAGCAUGGAUUCAUAGAGCCAUGCCCUUUCCAUUCAGACAGGUUUUCUUUAAAACCUCACUCACACUUGUACAAGUCACCCGUGAUGGUAGUGCCACAUCAAAGCAAUGAGUUGUCACAUGUGAUUGGACCAUCCCAGAGCAACCCUGUUGCUUCUGGAUUUGUAUCUUCAAAAAUGGGGCAACGGCCAUGAUUGAGUCUUUCUCCUGGCAGCCUUGGGCGGAUUCUGAAUUUUCACUUGCACCUAGUGAGGGUCAGUUCCAUCUAGAGCUGAAGAACUCCUCCUGUUACAGACUGCAGCAUUUGGCGGCAAAAACUGGAUUAUUCCCCCCACCAGCUUUCAAUUUGUUUAAUAUCCACGUGGCAAAGACUUGCUCACAACUUUAUAAAAAAAUUGUUUGGUCUUGAGAAGGGGGAUUUUUGCCCCCCCCCCAAUACUUCAUAGACCAACCAAUUGUUGAAGCCAUUGCAGAUAUCAUGCCACAGACUUCACAUCCUCUCAAACACAAUGCUCUCGAAUCUGAGUGAUCAAAGGCAGGUUCACACAUGCAUCUAUUACACUGUAUUACUGUGUACACUUUGCGAUUGGCAAAGGUUACACUGAACAGCAUUGGUUUUUGAGAAGUUAUGAAUGUGUUAUCUCCGGUGGCCCAUUCACCUCUCCCAAGUUAAUGAACUCAUCAUGUAAAGAAUAUAUCUAGGUGUGAGCCAGCCCCAGGGCUGGGAACCGUACACCGUGUGCCUAUCGGACGAUUGCUCUUGGCUCCUAUGCAUGGGGUCUCAUUCCAAAUGGGUUUAUUUUCCUUCAAAGCACAGCAAAUGUCACCAGACAGAUUUGAAUUUGUGCCCCAACCUUUGACAUACGGUUUUGCUUCCCACAUGGAGAUCAAAGGGCAGGGAAUAUGUGGGCCUCCAGAUGGGGUUAGACUGCAAGCGCCCGUCAGCCCUAGGCCACAUAGCCAAUGGCAAGGCAUGAUGGGAGUUUUGUGGCUCUCUAGAUAUUGUGGCCUACAUUUCCCAGCCCUGCCCUCACUCUACUGCUUGAACUUCUGAUUGCUUUCUGCAGCUAGGCAAGCAUUUGAAAGCAUGUCCCAUGCAGUAUUUGGCCUGAAUGAAUAAAUCCAGGCCUUGUAGGACAUGGGAGGGGGGUAAGGGCAGCCUUUGAUUCUUUCCAUGUCUGUGAAAAAACCAUAGGUGUGGCAGGUGACCAUACCACCUAGGGUCACCUCUGCCUCGUUCUUCCCUCCCACUAUACGAGGGAGGGUGCCCCAUGGUACCCACUAGGUAAGACCUACACUCCUAGCUUUCCCCUCACCAUUGCAAGGCUGUAGCAUCCCACUCAGUAUUAAUUUUAGUCUAUGGCCACUGCUUAAAGAGUUCCAUGCUUAGGGCUAGCGUAUUAUAUUUUAAAGACUCACUAUGCUGCUUUUUCCACAUUUAUUAUUGCAGAAACUAAUACAGAUUUGUAAGCAAA